AUGCGUCAGAUUUUAGAGAGAGAGAGGAAGAGAGAAAUGAUUGAAGAAAUUCAAAUGGAGGGGAAUUCACAUAGAGGAAAAGGAAGAUCUGCAAGGAAAAAGAAGAACGCCAUUGAUGAAGGAGAAAAAGAAGGUGGGGAUUUGAUGGAGUGUUCAGGCAAGUAUUGUGGAUCAUGCACCGCUGCUGUAAUCGCCGAUUGUGUCGCAAUCUGUUGUUGCCCUUGUGCUUUGCUCAACUUUUUGACACUUGCAUUGAUUAAGCUACCGUGGAAGAUGGGGAGGAGGUGUUUGGGGUUCGGGAAAAUGAAGAGAAAACGCAAGAAAACAAGUGGUACUGUUAAUGAAGGUGACGGGAAUUUCAAAGGGAGGGUAAGGGUAGAACAGGAAAUCUGGGAAUUUCCAGCAGGAUUUGAAGAAGAAGAAGAAAUGGGGAAAUUUGGUGCCAGAUUUGAAGCCGAGAGUGUUUGGUUAGAGCUGUAUCAGAUUGGCCAUUGGGGUUUUGGGAGGGUUUCUUUCACUGGUAUUUAA